AUGUGGGUUCACAAUGCGAUCCUCGAUUCGUGUUUCGUUUUGCAGGAAUCGUUUGCAAAGGCGAAAAAUUGGGUGAAAGAGUUGCAGCGGCAAGCCAGUCCAAACAUCGUCAUCGCGUUAUCCGGAAAUAAGGCCGAUCUUGCCAACAAGCGAGUUGUCGAAUAUGAGACAUCGGCGAAAACUGCAAUGAAUGUAAACGACAUUUUCCUUGCUAUUGCCAAAAAACUGCCAAAGGGCGAUGGGAGCGGCGGCGGUCCUUCAGGACGUGGGCGUGAAGGUAUCGAUAUUGGUCAAGAAGGUGGCGGCCAAGGCGUAAGUUCCGGUUCGUGCUCCAAAAAACUGCCAAAGGGCGAUGGGAGCGGCGGUGGUCCUUCAGGACGUGGCCGUGAAGGUAUCGAUAUUGGUCAAGAUGGUGGCGGCCAAGGCGUAAGUUCCGGUUCGUGCUGAAAUGUGUCGUUAUUAGAUGGCACGCAACGAUGUUUUCGGGAACAUCAAAUGUGGAACGUGAGACGCAGGGAGCCAGAUGUGCCAACAACGAAGCCAGGUCUAUUGAAGUAA